AUGAUGGAGACGGAGGACCAAUCAGAGCUCUGCUUUCCACAACUCAUCAACAUCUCCUGCAGGAAGCCCUCAUCUCAUCGGCCUGAAGAUGUUCUUUUGACUGUUCUGCUGUACAUCAUCUGCAUCUUCACUGUGGUUCUCAACCUGCUGGUCAUCAUCUCAAUCUCCCACUUCAGGCAGCUCCACACUCCCACCAACCUGCUCCUCCUCUCUCUCGCUGUCUCUGACUUUCUGGUGGGCCUCCUGGUGUGGCCUGGUGAGAUCUACUUGAGAACAUCCUGCUGGACUCUUGGUGAUGUUCUGUGCUUGUCAUAUAACUAUGUGUCCUUCACAGUGACAUGCGCCUCGGUAGGAAACAUGGUGCUGAUAUCAGCUGACCGUUAUGUUGCUAUUUGUGAUCCUCUGCAUUAUAACACCAAAGUGACUGUGAAAAGAAUUCAACUUUGUGUUUGUCUCUGUUGGUUCUUUGCUCUCCUCCUGUGUAGCAUCAUUUUGAAGGAUCAACUGGCUCAUCCGGAAAAGUGUAGCUCUUGCUAUGGAGAGUGUGUCGUUACUGUUGACUUUGAAGAGGGGAUUCUUGACCUUGUCGUGGUUUUCAUCCUUCCUCUCAGCAUCAUCAUCACACUGUACAUGAGAGUGUUUGUGGUUGCUGUGUCUCAGGCGCGAGCCAUGCGUUCUCAUGUUACAUCAGUCAAGCUACAACAUUCAGUCACUGGAAGAGCAAAGAAAUCAGAGUUGAAGGCAGCCAGGACUCUUGGUGUCCUUGUCCUUGUCUUCCUCAUGUGUUUCUGUCCAUUUUACAUUGUUUCCCUUGCAAGUUCAACCUUUUCUUCAUCUGCAAAGUACAGUCAGUAUUUGUUUGACGUCAACUCCUUUUUAAACCCUUUGAUAUAUGCCUUGUUUUAUCCCUGGUUUAGAAAAGCUGUUAGACAUGCUGUCACUCUGCACAUACUGCAGCCUGGCUCCUGUGGGGAAAACAUACUGUAG